UCGACUUGCAGUCCUUCGCUGGGGAGGUCAGGGAUCCAUCAAAUCCCUCUCAGAUGCUGCUUUUCAGGAGGAUCGCUCAGGAAGAUCCAAGUCAGGAUACAUCAGGAGGAAAGAGUCAAAUGAAGUUGUCUGCUCUUUAUGAUGGAGAUGAAAUAGUGAUAAAACUUCCAACUCAAGAGGAUCUCGCGGCCUUCAAGGAGGUGGCGGUGUAUUUUUCCGAGGAGGAGUGGUCUCAGCUGGAUCCUGACCAAAAAGCGCUGCAUUGGGAAGUCAUGCUGGAAAAUUAUAGGAACGUGACCUCUCUGGGUAAUAAUGGGGAGGAGAAUCAAGAUAGCAGGGAACCAUUCCAAGUGAUCAGUCGUGGAGACAGAACAGAAAAGCCGGCAAAUCAGAUGGAAGAAAAAAGGAACGGUCAGACAGUUAUUGAGACACGCAAGUGGCAGCCACCCUCUUUUAAAAGAGAAGAAGAAUUGGAAGUUGAUAGAUUUUCCCAGAACUGUCAGACAGUUAUUGAGAUAGGCGAGUGGCAGCCACCCCCUUCUAAAAGACAAAAAGGAUUGGAAGUUGUUAGAUUUUCCCAUAGGCCAACUAUGGAUAAAUCAUGCAAGAAAAGAAAAAUUUCAGAAGAAAACAGAAAAUUUAAUGAUACAUGGGCAGAUUCAUUUGCUUUCACUACUGACAAGACUGGUUUACCAGUAUGUUUAAUAUGUGGUAAGAAAUUGGCAAACAACAAAAAGUCAAAUGUUGCAAGACAUUUCCAGAAGAAGCACACAGCCUUUGCUGAAAAAUACCCGGGUGGAGAUGAGAGAAAAAAAGCCGUUUCGGAAUUGAUGCAGAUGGUUGAUCUGAGCAAGAAUCAUUUUAAGGAGUGUGUGAAGUCUGCAAAUUCAACUACAUAUGCUAGUUUUGUGGCCGCUCAGGAAAUAGUCAGGCACGGGAAGCCGUUCACAGAUGGAGAGUAUAUCAAGGAAUCAUUCAUUAAGAUUUCAGAACAUCUAUUCUCGGACUUCAAAAACAAGAGUGAACUUGUGCAGAAAAUCAGAGAUAUGCCUCUCUCUGCAAAGACUGUCAAAGACAGAACCAUAAAAAUGGCAGAAAACAUCACCAGACUGCAAAUUAAAGACAUCAAUUCAUCUGUGGCAUACUCAAUCGCCUGUGAUGCAUCCAAAGACAAAGGUGAUAUUGAACAAAUAGCGCUGUUCUGCCGAUAUGUGAACUCUGCUGGGCCACAGGAAGAAAUGAUUGAGUUGAUACCACUAAAAGGCCAAACACGGGGGGAGGACAUCUGUGAGGCUGUUUUGGAUUAUUUAAGAACCAAUGAAAUAAACACUACCCACCUGGUAUCAGUAGCUACUGAUGGGGCACCGAGUAUGACAGGAGCGCAGAAGGGCUUUGUGGCUUUACUGCAGAAGUCACUGGGUAGAACGCUGCUAACAUUUCACUGCAUCCUGCACCAAGAGGCGUUGUGUGCUCAAACAUUUCCUCCGGAAUGCAUAGAAGUAAUGAAUGUUGUCAUUCAGAUUGUCAAUAAAAUAAUGACACAAGGUUUAAAUCACCGCCAGUUCUGUUUGCUACUAGAGGAGGUGGAAAGCAUGUAUCCUGAUCUCCUGCUGCAUGACAAAGUCCGGUGGCUGUCCAGAGGGAAGAUACUAAAAUAUUUUGUCGCGUGUUUGGAAGAGGCGAAAACUUACCUGGGUAGCAAAGGGCUCACCUUUCCUGAGCUGGAACAGCCAGAGUGGCUGGAAAAGCUACACUUCAUGGUAGAUAUGACAGCACACCUGAACACGCUGAACACAACUCUUCAGGGUAAAGGAGGCACAGCCCUGCACAUGCUUGAGGAAGUUUUGGCAUUUGAGCGCAAGUUGACAGUGUUUGCCAGAGAUUUACAGAGAGGUACACUGUCUCACUUCCCCUCUUUGAGAGAGUUCAAACGAGGUCACGACAUGAUAAGUUCAGAGUAUUUGCAGUCCGCAAUCAUUGCAAUGCAAACAUCGUUUGGGAAGCGAUUCUGUGAGUUCAGAGAGGAAAAAAAUACGUUAUCUUUCCCUAUCACUCCCCUGACCAUCGAUCCAUCUGCACUGAAUAUGACUGUAUUUGCAGGUGUAAGUCAACCCGAUCUUGAGAUGGAACUGGCCGACAUAGCUGACAAAGAUAUAUGGGUGUCCAAGUUCCAACGCUUGGCAGAUAAUCUUGAAGAUGUUGCCCGUCAGAAGGCCAGUCUUGCUCAGAAUCACAAAUGGAGUGAUAUUGAAAACCUUCCUAAACAGGACAAGCUUAUAUUCGAAACAUGGGAUACCAUCCCCAACACUUACACAAACAUGAAAAGAUAUGCAUUUGGAGUCCUGUCGAUCUUCGGAUCCACAUACGUAUGUGAGCAGGUCUUCUCCAACUUGAACUAUAUUAAAAACAAAUAUUGCUCACACGUCACAGACAACAGCUUGCAAUCCUGUUUGAAGAUGAAGGUGACGUCUUACAGCCCUGAUGUGCAGAUGCUGUGUGCUGAUGUUGAGAAGCAAACAUCACAUUAACCAGCUGACUGCACGCUCCAGUACACGCAAUAAAAGGAUGACGGCACACAGAAGCAGACAGCAUUUUGGGUUUGCUGUAGCGGAUAAGUUAAGUUUGCCUUUUUAUUUCAUAAAUAUGAGGAGGACUCAAAUAGACAUUGAGUAUUUUAUUUGAAAGUCACCUUCGACCCAGCGUCUUUUUUUGGGAGUUUAAAAUGUUUCUGUUGCGUGCUGAAA